UCCUCCUGGGUGAGACAGACUUGUGCUGGGCUGUGGAUCUGCUCAGAGCGCGGCAGUCUCUCCGCGGAUCAGGACUCCAGGUGUUUUACGCACGGAAGGAGGAUUAGAUCACCUGGAAAUGCUGGCAUCGUGAGCAGGAGGAUCGAGCAGUUUCCCUCUGAAGUCUGCGGGAAUAUUGUGUUAUUUUGAAAGACAGCAUCUUGUAAACGCGGGAGGACACCAGUCCAGCAGAAUGAAGGGAUUUACACCUUGUUUGAGCGUGAUUUGUGCCGCGCUGCUGUUGGCCACCGUGACUGGAACCAAGUUAAAUGUACCGCGACUGAGACUCUCCUAUAAAGACCUGCUGUCCACCAACCGCUCGUCCAUCUUCAGCGGACAUCACGGCCAGCUCUCUCUGACCGCCGUCUUCCUGGACGAGUACCGCGACCGACUCUUCCUGGGAGGGAAAGACGUCCUGUACUCUCUGCUGCUGGGACCCACCAGCAGCGAGUCCAAAGAGAUCUACUGGCCUCCUUUACCUGGAAACAGAGAGGACUGCAUCCAGACGGGGAAGGAACCGCAGACCGAAUGCGCCAACUUUGUUCGCCUCCUGCAGCCCUACAACCGGACUCACCUGUUGGCCUGCGGUACCGGAGCCUUCCAGCCCAUGUGUGCCUUCAUCUCUGUAGGCCACAGAGGAGAGCAUGUCUUCACCAUGGACCCUCUGAACGUGGAGAACGGACGAGGAAAAGUUCCUCAUGAUCCCAGCUUCCCCUUCGCCAGCACCUUCAGCGGUGGUGAGCUGUACACCGGACUGACGGCAGACUUCCUGGGCAGAGACUCGGUGAUCUUCAGGAGUAUGGGGGGACGUUCCACCAUGAGGACGGAGACGGACCAGAAGCUCCUUCAUGAUCCCAAGUUCAUCGCCGCCCACCUCAUCCCAGACAACGAUGACCGAGACAACGAUAAAGUCUACUUCUUCUUCACAGAGAAGGCCACCGAGGCGGGAGACCGGGAGGGAGCCAUUCACACCCGAGUGGGACGAGUGUGUGCGAAUGACGUUGGAGGCCAGAGAGUUCUGGUGAACAAGUGGAGCACCUUCAUCAAAGCCAGGCUGGUGUGUUCUGUUCCCGGACCUCACGGUAUCGACACACACUUCAACCAGCUGGAGGACGUGUUCCUGCUGAGGACCAAAGAUGAGAGGAACCCAGACGUCUACGCCGUCUUCAGCACCAUCAGUAACGUGUUCCAGGGCUUUGCUGUGUGUGUUUACCGCAUGGCCGACAUCAGAGAGGCCUUCAACGGACCGUUUGCUCAUAAGGAGGGUCCAGACUACCAGUGGGGGGCUUAUGAAGGCCGAGUCCCUUAUCCGAGGCCAGGCGUGUGUCCCAGUAAAAUCACCAACCAGCCGGGGAAAGAGUUCGGCAGCACCAAGGACUUCCCUGAUUCGGUGCUGCAGUUUGCUCGGAGCCACCCGCUGAUGUGGCGGCCGGUGUUUCCCGCCCUGCGCCAACCUGUGCUCGUCAAAGCCAACAUUCCUUACAAGCUGAAACAGAUCGUGGUGGACCGGGUGGAGGCAGAGGACGGGCACUAUGAUGUCAUGUUCAUUGGCACAGAUGUUGGUACCGUUCUGAAGGUCAUCGCUCUGCACAGUGGAAACAGUCUGGAGACAGAAGAGGUCACACUGGAGGAGCUUCAGGUCUUUAAGGUUCCAACUCCGAUUACAUCACUGGACAUAUCUGUGAAAAGGCAAGCCCUGUACGUGGGCUCUCCAGCGGGUGUUGCUCAGGUGAAGCUGCAUCGCUGUGAGACGUACGGUAAAGCCUGCGCUGAGUGCUGCCUGGCCAGAGAUCCGUACUGCGCCUGGGACGGAUCGUCCUGCUCCAGAUACGUUCCCAACAGCAAACGCCGCUUCCGCAGACAAGACAUCCGACAUGGAAACCCAGCGGUGCAGUGUGUGGAUCAGAAUCUGAGCGACCUGGAUGUGACCGAGGACAAGAUGGUUUACGGGACGGAGAACAACAGCACCUUCCUGGAGUGUGUUCCUCGAUCUCCUCAAGCUUCUGUCUCCUGGUUGGUCCAACGUGACGACCGUAAGGACGAGGUGAAGCUGGAUGAUCGUGUGAUGUCUACAGACCAGGGUCUUCUGUUCCGUCGUCUCUUCCAUCAGGACGAAGGCGUUUACAUCUGCCGCUCCAGAGAGCACGGCUUCACCCAAACCCUGGCCCGCCUCACCCUCCAAGUCCUCCCGGGGGAGACGGUGGACGAGCUCAUGGCCCGAGACAACGCAGGCCUCUCCGACUCGUUUAAAGACCGGUCUGGAGGAAGCUACCGGGCCUGGAUGCCUUGCAGCUCGUACAGCAGAGGCGCUUCAUCGAGCCAGAUGAGCCAGUCGCGUUCAUGGUUCAAGGACAUCAUCCAGCUCAUCGGACCGUCCAACCUGCCCCACGUGGAGGAUUACUGCGAGAGGAUGUGGUGCAACGACAAGCUGAGGAGGAAGCACAAGAGCAUGCUGGAGAAAUACCGCCAGGCCCAGGAGAGCGCCAGGAAGGCUCGAAGCAAGAGCUCUGGAGAACGCAACCGGACACCACGAGAUCUACGAGCACAGGAGGGCUACUGAAGAGAAAAGGAGGAAGUGGAACAAAAGGAACUGAAAGUGGAAAAAGAGACGAUGAUUAUGGUUCAAGAAAAGCUCAACGGGGCGGCAUGAAAGAACUUCGUAGUGGCUGGAUCCGUCUUACUCAGAUCUGUAAGAAUAAAAUAGAUGUUUUGACCAUUAAACAGGAUCAUUAUUAGUGUAUAAAGUUCUAGAAAAUACUCUUGAGGAAAGCACAACUUGAUUUAAAAGGCGCCUGAAUGCAGACAGUACGUAAGGGGUUUAAGUUCUGAUGAAAAUGGUGUAUAAAGUGAUGUGUGCAGGUGGAGGUUCACGCUGUCCCCGCUGAAAAAGACAGAUGUGUUCAUUUGUCUGGAAAGACGAAUGCAACAAGAGACUGCUGAACUGAACAGGUCGCUGCAGACGUGACGACUGAUGAAGAGAAGAGGAUGCUUUCUAAAGUCCUGAUUACCAAGGACUGCUUCCUCUCACUUUUUGUGCUUGUGUAGUUCUAUUAUCACUGAAAUGAGACACUAACUUUAAUUUCUGGAGUCAUUCUUCACUGAGCGACCCUGACAGAAACAGAAACACCCGCCGGCUGAUUUUACUGACAGCACACUCGCUUUCAUCCAUCAGAAUGUUCUUUGUCUUCUCGGACUUGUUCACACACUUCUUUCCAUGACUUCUUUGGAUGCGUUUCACUGCAAUCACUGGACUCAUUUCCUUCCCACUUUGCCUUUAAUGGCCCGUGUCUCUUAGCUCAGAUUUAUUAUGAAAUGUUCACAUUUGACUGCUGCUCUUCAGUGACUUUGCAGUGUAUUUAUGAGAGGAACCAGCGAAGCACACAGGUUUAGACACUGAUCUUCCAUUAUGCAUUGACACUCUCUCUCUUACAUAAGCUAGCUCUAACUGGACUCACAAUGAGACGACUGUUGAUGGUUCAACAGAUUAAACUGCUUUAUUUUUACUCCAGUGGGCUGAACUUUCCAUCAAACACCAGCUAGAAGUCCCUUCUAUCCAGUCCUUAGAAGGGAUAUUUCACAAAGGCUUUUAGGUUUUUAAUGCUUGUGGUUACAGACAAUCUCCAGUUUUUGCUAUCUUUAUCUUGAGGAACCCAGAGAGCUUCAGCAGACAGAAACUGGACUUCUGUUUCUGGUCCAGUUGUCUUCUCCUGAAGCUGUUGGGACUUUCUUGUCCUCGAUGACUGAGGAUCUACGUCUGACUCAAAGAAAGGGACAUUAAACUCAAUCCAGCAGGGAAAGUCAACGCUUUCUUGAUUAGUUAAUUUUUCAUACUUGUUUUAAUUACCCAGCUUAUUGUUUAGUAUUUAAAGGGCCAGAAAACUGUCAAAACUUACCGGAGUCCAAGGACACAUUUCAAAUUCUUGUUUUCUUUCCCAGCAAUGAUCUAAAAAAAAAAAAACAGCCACUAGAAGAAAUUCUACAAGCCGACCUCACCUCACACUUUAAUCAUCCACUAACUCAUUUUCCCACAGUUCCUCUGUGAGCCCAAGCGUUCCAGAGAUAAUAAGAGGACAAUGGAAGGGUCGAGUGUAAAUACGAGUUCUAAGAUGGUUUAUGGUCUGAACACCGUAUAAUCCACACGGCUAUUGUCUCCAGCUUUGUUGUAGAAAUAAUACUUUCAUGGUUCAGGAGAACAUUCUCUUCCAAAUGAACAGGUGGAAAAAAAGAAAAGAGGAGAUGGAGGAUGUAUGUGAGCAGUGGAGGGACUGGAAGUGAAAAUUAAACUGAGAGGAUCGUACAUGGAGGGGAAACUGAAGCAACACGUUCUCCAAAUUAUGCUCAAAUAUGAAGUCCUACAGAAGGACACAUGGACCAGCAGGAAGCCACAGAGCUGCAGCACAUCUGUUCAAAAUAAACCAGUUUACUGAUUCCACACUGUUCAGGUUUGAUUAUUUCAACAACUAAACGUCUUAGUGUGCUGCAGAGGAAGACCAGUUUGAGCCAUUUUCAUCAUUUUUACAAUAAUCUCUUGGUUAGAUAGAAAUGAAAUGGUUACAGUAUAUAAACACAUGCUGACUGUUGGAAUAAAAUGAGAAUUCAAUGUUUUCAUAUUUGACUUGUUGUCCAAAUUCUCCACAGUCAUUAGUCGUAUAAACGGGCCAGCAGAACCCUGUUAUGAUCACUGAGGCCGUUAGAACACGGACACCUCAAACUAAACAUGUUUUUGGACAGUUCACCUCUUUUCUUUUCUCAGAAAUCUUAAAGGAGGAAAAACAGGAACAGUAGAAUGAGAAGUGAUUAACAUGUUUGGAGGUUUUGGAACAAAACAGAUUAAAAACUCAUCAGCAGAAGUGUCGAUACAGUUGAUUUAUUUUAGACCGAUUCUUUCAAAACAUGGGAUGUUGAAUUUCAAAUGCAUGACGAAAGCUUGGCUUCAGGAUUCAUUUACAUCAGAGGAGUCCAGGUUCCACAUUCAGUUCCUCUGUUUUAGUGCAAAAAAUACUUUCUGAAUAUGUUCACAUUUAAGGAAUUAUUUGUUUCCAAAACAUCAUGAACAACCUGAAAUCUAUGAAGAAAAAUAAGUUCAGUUUCAUCAACAUUCAUCCUCAGUUUAUCAUUUCCACAUCACAACUUCCAGAUCACAGAGAGUCUACAAAGAAACACAACAUUUAGUCACCUGGAGCUGAACCAUGGAGGAUUUACUGUAAAAAAGACAAAAAACAACAAAUAAAGGACAAAAUAUUAUAAAAAUGAGACACAAACCACAAAAGCAAGAAACAAAAAAUGAGUGCGACAUGAAGCAGUAUAAAAAUUAGAGCAAAAACGAUUCCCAAAACAAUGAAUAAAGAAAAACACUUAAUGACAGAAAUGAGACAAAAAAAAACAAGCUGGAAAAAAGGAAACAACAAAAACAGAAGAGGAAUGACGGAAGUCAGACAAAAAGCAACAAAAAUAUGACUAUAAAUAUGACAAAAAUGAGACACAAACGACAAAAGAAUAAAGAACAAUCUAGUAUUUUAUGAUCCAAACAACUUGUCAUGUUCUAGAGAUGAUUUUAAAUUUAUAGUUUUACUAAUUUACAAUCUGCAGUUAAUGUCUUCUCUGGAAUUUUUACUCUGAGUCUCUAACUUCACUGAGUCGUUCAGGAAUUGGACAGCAGCUCUGAUGACCUCGUUAAGCCCAUGUGCUGCAGAUGUGUGACUCGUUACUGACUUCAGGUUUCUGCUCGAUGAUCCACCUUCAGUCUGCAGCUGAACCUCAUCAUUUCUAAUGUGGCGCAUGCUUGGUUUAGAGAUGUGUGUUGGUGCCACACAUGCUUACUGAAGGACUGAAAUGUAAGAAAUGUUACACACUGCAUUUAUGUUUUUAUUCAGUGUGUAUAGAACAUGUAGCUCCAGGUAAACUCAACGUUCUUCACAGCAACAAAUCAUGAAGCGUUAAACUCUAGAGCAGCGGUGUCAGACUCAUUCUGGUUCAGGUCCACAUCUCCAGUGGGCCGGACCAAUAAAAUCACAGCAUAAUAACCACAACUCUGAAUUUUUCUCUUUGUUUUAAUGCAAUAAAUGUUCACAUUUUUCACUGGUCUGCUUAGUUCCAGUUCUCAGAGCACAGAGACCCGUAAUAAUAAUAAUAAUAAUAAUAAUAAUAAUAAUAAUGUCUACAUUAAAUCCUCCUGAACAGCAGCUGCUCCUGCUAAAACAUGGAGGACGUCUAUGAAUAAAUGAGCUCCUGAACGGUGUUUCUAUUCUGGGAUUCCUCUCAUUGUUUAGAAUCAGGCGGGAUAACGCUGAUGAACUCUGCAGCGUUUUCUGACCUUCAUGGUGUGUGAACGUUUCCCAGAGGAGAAAAAAGAGAAACCAGACGAGUGCAGACAGGAAUUAAGUUCUUUUUACAUUCUGCUGUAAGAAUCCUAUGAAGGCUGCAUUAUAAAUCCCUAACAAACAGAUUUUCCACCAUUCAUCACCCUGUAAACAUAAUCAGACAGUUUUAUUCCUGUUAGUGCAGCACAUGUUUAACUCAGAGUUUAUUUUCUCAGUUUGCAGAGCGUGACAUUGGAUAAUAGACCAAAACUUGUGAUGUUUUCUCUAAAAAUAUUGCUUCUAAUGUAUUGUUGAACUAAGAAAAUGAUGGGAUGGCAGGGUAACAAAGCUAUAAACUAAACAAUAAAAGUAGGUUUUUCUGAGCAUUUCAUAUUUUUAUGUUGAUGAAUAAGAAAGUUUAGCGGUUGUAGUUUAAAGUGUGAAUAUCUGAACAAACAAGCUUCCAUUUGACAACAAAAAGUCAUAAGAUGGAGCCGCCAGAGCAAACGCUGACACUUUUUUUUCUUGUUUGACGUGUAAUUUGUAUGUUUAUUUGAACAUAUGUGGAAUCAGUAGUUCAGACAGAAAUGUGCCAAAACGUGUGCACGUUCAGAAACAAUGUAAAUCAUCCAGUGCAGCUUCAGUUGUGCACGGAGGGUGUUGUGGUUUGCAUGUGGCUUUGAUAUUUUCUACCUAAUCUGAUGACGUCCUGUAGCUCGUCGUGUUCAGUUUGUCUUUUUGGAUUCAGAGCAUCAGCUGUAGCGUCUGAUGGAUCCCAUCUUCUAACGAGGAUCCAAACACUCACUCAAUGACAGCAGCUGAUUCCACUGACGAGCUGCUCCUCCUGAUUGGCUGUUUGCUCGUUAAGAGAAGUCUGCACACGCUCAGAUCACCACAGCGAGUCUAUAUAGCCCAGACUGGAGCUGCAGCCCCAGGGGGAAUAGAAAAGGGAAGGUUGUGGCGCUACUUAAGGUUUAUCUGCGACUCUAAUGCCCAGAAACCUGCCAGCAGUUCAACGUGCACAUAAUUUGAUCCUGAAAGGUUCAACAAGCAGAAAUGAGUGGAGAGGUUAGAAGCAGGGUGGAAUAAUGGACAAGAACAAUCCAAACUGAGUUUAGAAUGGUUUCUGGUCCAGCCCAGAUACAGAGUCACAGUGUUCUUAAAAACCCAGAAAUGUUGAAGCCACUCUUGUCAAACUAGUGAAGCUGGUUAAGUUAGUCCAAACCCUUCAGCUGAACUACAGACUUUAGGCUGAAAAAAUCCAGAAUCCUUGAACUGUCCCAUCAUGUUGUGGUCUCUGACAGAGCCUAAUUUAAAUGUGUAUUUAUUAGUGUUUUUCUACUGUGCAUGCUAUAAACCCUGUAUGCUAUUUAACACUAUUAAAGUUGCUGAUUUUAAACAUGGA